AUGUCAAACGGAAUCCUCAGAACGUCCGGCUCCAGCAUUGUCGAUGCUGAGGGCAAGCCUGUCCUUCUCCGCGGCACGGCCCUCGGUGGCUGGAUGCUGAUGGAGAACUUCAUGAACGGCUUUCCCGGUCGUGAGCACCAGAUUCGUGCAGCACUGCUGAAGGUGCUCGGCAAGGAGAAGUCCGAUUUCUUCUUCGACAAGUUCCUCGAAUACUUCUUCACCGAGAAAGACGCCGAAUUCCUCGCCUCGAUUGGCUUCAACUGCAUCCGUCUGUCUUUCAACUACCACCACUUCGAAGAUGACAUGAACCCCUUUGUGAUCAAAGAGGAAGGCUUCAAGCAUCUUGAUCGCGCAAUUGAAAUCUGCGCCAAGUACAAGAUCUACACAAUUCUCGACCUCCACUCCGCUCCUGGUGGCCAGAACCAAGAUUGGCACUCAGAUAACCCGACCGGAUACGCCGCGUUCUGGGACCACAAGCAUUUCCAAGACAGAGUUAUCAACCUUUGGCAGGUGAUAGCGAAGCGAUACAAGGGAAAUCCGUGGAUCGCAGGAUACAACCCUCUCAACGAACCCGCCGACGUCGAGUGGACUCGCCUUCUCGCCUUCUACGAUCGCAUCGUCCCCGCCAUUCGCGACAUUGAUCCCGAACACAUUCUCUGGCUCGAGGGCAACACGUUUAGCAUGGACUUUUCCGGCUUCGCAAAGGUGUUCGAUAACUCUGUCUAUGCGGUGCACGAUUACUGUGGAUUCGGCUUUCCCAACCGCAUUGGUAGAUACCAAGGUCUGGCAGAUCAGGAUGCCUAUAUCCGCCAGAUGUACGACCGCAAGGUUGCUUUCAUGAAAGAGCACAACGUGCCAAUCUGGAAUGGCGAAUUCGGUCCAAUUUACGAACGAAAGGAGUACAACCCAGACUUCGAAGAGCACAACGAGGAACGAUACAAGAUGCUCGACAAGCAAAUGGCAAUUUAUACCGACGAGGGUAUUGCAUGGAGUAUCUGGGCCUACAAAGACGUAAACGUCAUGGGCAUGACCUACCUCUCCCCCGACUCCGCCUGGCUGAAGCUCCUCGGCCCCAUGAUCCGCAAGAAGCGCAACCUUGCCGUCGACAGCUGGGCCUACGACGACGCACACCUCCAGCCCAAUCUCUUUGGCCCCCUACACAAGUGGUUCGAAGACAACGUUCCCGCACAAUACAACAAGAAGUACCCGUGGCAGUGGCGCAUGCACAUGCACGUGUUCCGCGGCAUCCGCGGCAUCACCAUGACGGAGUACAUGAUCCCCGAAUGGGCCGAUUACUUCAGGGACAAGACGUUUGAAGAGCUGGAUGAGCUUGCUGCCAGCUGGAAGUACGAAAACUGCAUUCAGCGAGAGAGGCUGAAUGAGUUGUUGAGCCUCUAUGCGCCGAUGACGCCUGGGGACAAGAGGUUGGAGGGCAAGGUGAUUCCCUCAGAGGUUGAGAAGGAACAAGGAAAGCCUAGAGAAACUGUAUCUGGUGUUGGCGUAUUUGAGCUGGCACCUGAUGAAAAGAAGAAGCAUCUUGCUCAGGCCAGUCUAACUCCAGUUGCUGUUAAUAAUGACUACGGGUUCAACUCUUUUCGAUUCACUUGCAAUAUGUACUACACCGAUUUGAGAUUCUACAGCUUCUCAGGCGAGAUCCUUGCUCUAUGGGAAUACCACGAGCACUCGGCCCUCAGGCCGAACAUCACGGACCGACCGGCAAGAUCCCGGCGCCGCGCGGCACUAGGACAGCCGGGGAGUAGCGGGGAAGUUCCUCACGUAAUGUCCCCUGGAUGGAUUUUCCAGUUCCAUCUCCGCAAAUCGCACAACUCACUCCCGUACCCUUGUGAUCCCGAUGCCGAUGGGCGGCCGAUCAUGGAUGACUCCGCGCCGUCUUCCUCCUUCUCUGCUGCCCAUUACUUUCCGACACGACGCCGUGUAUGGCAGGCAUGCACCAACUGCCGGGCCCGCAAGACGCGAUGCGACGCUGCCAAGCCAAAGUGCAGUCUCUGCGUGACGCAGAACGUGGAGUGCGUCUACCGCGACUCGAACCAGCCGCGCAUCGAGCAGAAUACCAGGAUCUUGUUGGAGCGCAUCCAGAUGUUGGAAGAUCGCUUGCUUUCUUCACCGGUAUUUUCUGGACAACAGCAAUCGCAGAGCCAGCAAGCUUCCCAACCGUCUUUAGAUACGCCAUCACCUCAAGCUACACGGCAUGCUACAACUCCGCGAUCGGCACACCAUACACAGCCCGAGGCAGGUCCUGACUCAACGUCAACGAGGAACCAAACAGACGCGGUUCAGACAAGGAAUGCUGAUGCAGAUGCUCAAAUUCCAAUCCCUUUAUCCCAUACAGCGAAUGCGAACCAUGUCUUUGAGUGGCCGAUAGUAAAGCAGCUGCUAUCAGAAACGGACUCGGCGUCACAACCGCCGCGGCCAGCUUUUCCGGGAGGGCUGCGCUCAGCGGAAGCAACUGACAUCUUUUUCCGCAAAGAUACAGGUACAGAUUCUUCGAUGUGCCCUCCAGAGUCUUGGAGAUUAUUCCAAGACCGGAGUCUGCCAGUAUCCAUCCAUGCCGCUGAUCGGUAUCGGGAGGUGAUCCAUGAGUACUUUGCCGAAGUGAACAUCUUCUUUCCUCUCCUCUCCCCGGAGGACAUCAUCAACACUUUAAAUGAAGUAAUAGCGUCUGAAAAGACUGCAAGUGUGGUCUCGCCCCUUACUGCGCCGGCCCGGUACUGUUUAUUGCUGUUGGUCCUCUGCAUGGGAUCCUUCGUCUACACCGGGGACUAUCGCAUUUCAUUGGAUGAAAGAGCAGGCCGAGAUGGAGGUCAACGCCAAAGACCCAUAAGCUCGAGCAUCAUUGGAGACUUUCCGGACAUCGAUGAGCAGCUGUGGCGAAAAGCGCGACUUUUGCUGGGCUUCAUUUCAUCUGAAAUCAGCCUUGAAGCAGCACAAUGCACGAUGUUGGCGAGCUUAUAUAUGAAUGCGAACGGAAGAGUAGCAGAUUCUUUCCACUGGGCACAUGCAACCGCCGUCAACAACUGGAUUACUAAAACGGGAAACAGAGAUGCCAGAGGCGCAGAAGGCAAUGAUGGAUUCUCGGACGCCUUCCGUAGACUCUUUUGGGUCGCACUGAUUUACGAAGGUGACUUUGUGUCCGAGAUCUCAAUCACAUUACCCUCAGGUAUAGCGAGAUACGAAGAAGUCGUACCCUACCCGGCCCCCGAAACACCCAAGCAGCACAAAGAAUUCACCAUCAACCAGGCGACCCCGGAAGCCGAGGUGACGAGUCCGUCAUCGACGUCUUUCUACAGGACCGAGGAACUUGUCGCCUUCCAAAUCAGUACCAACGCGGCAAUCAGGCGGUUUCUCAACCGGGUUAACAGCGUCGUCUUUGAUAGCAAAGACCAGUUUCGCAUGACGCGCACCAACUACGCCAACUGGCUACUGCGGAUCACCGAGGAUCUUUGGUCGUAUCACGGUGCGCUUUACCGCAAUCUCCCCGAUUUCCUGCUCACGAGCCAGCCUAGAAGAACGCCUGGGCAACAGCCGGAAAUUGCAACUUCUCCUAUGACGCCCGGUAUCAUUCAAGUUGAAGAGUUGGGCAACAAUCCGUGGAACGUGCUGAGGCUCAAGGGGCGGUACUAUGCGGGGCAGUACAUCAUUCAUCGCCCUUUCAUCGAAUACGUGAUGUUGAACAUGGCGCACUUCGAGACGCAUCCGUGCCGGGAGGCGAUAUUGGAGCGGUGCCGAAUGUGCCUUGAGGGUUGCAAGGGUUUCAUCAAUGUUUUCGACAUUGAUCCUGCCAACAGCAUUACUGGCCUAUUUGCUGCCGGAAUGGUGACCUUCACCAUGGUUACCAUCCUCCGAGUGGCGACAAUGUGCCCCGUCUUCAAAGAAAUCCUGCCGGAAGAUAUCGAGGGUGCGAUGUUUGUAGGAACGCGGAACUUGCGGCGAUUCAGCAUUAGCGUGAGGGAGUUUGAGAGAAUGAAGCGUGAAAACUCCAUAGAAUUCUUCAUGGGGGAUUGCGGUGGAAAUUACCUCAAUCGAAGUCUUCUAGAAACCUCAAUACUAAGCUUCUAUCGCUGUACUGUUUCGCUUCUCAAAUGUCGAUCAGACGCGAGCGAUGUCAACGAGGAUGCCAUCCAAACUUGCGACGUUGCAAGUCGCUCGACGAACAUCCUGAGGAUUCAAGCUGUCAAGAACAACGACUCAUUAACCAUUCUGACUUAUCACACAAGUCAUUCGCGUUGGUUUCGCAUCUUCUUGCUCAAAAUUCCUAUCUCUUUCCUCAUUCGUCCUACUCCUCACAACUUCACUAAUCUACUGUUCAAUCAUCGAUUCAAUUUCGAAGCAAAGCAGAAUUCUCCGUCUGUCCAUGCGACUCCCCAGAAGAAGGGUGGUGGCGUUGCAGGCCAGGCCUGCACUGACGGGACAUUCAAGGGAACUUGCUCUGCAGACGGUCGAUGUGGGUUGGAAAUCCCGCCCAAUGAGUUGUCGAGCCAGAUUACCACUCUGCUGUUUCAAUUACAUCAAAGAGACAAACAAAUAGAGCAAAUGAAUGUAUUCAAUGCCACAUACACUGAUUCCUUGAGCCGCACCUCUGAACCUGUGACUGUACUGGUGUUUAACACCGAAAGUGGCUGCAUCGUUCAUUAUGAAUCAUACCUCGUCACCGUGAUACUAAGAGUUCAUUGGCAGACUCUUCCAGUUAUAUCCUGCGGCUCGGACUUCUGGGCCAUCGACCACGGUGUUGAGAACCCGUGGAUGUUCGGAACGCCGCCUACAACGAACACAGCAACAACUGCGCUACUUCGGAAUUCGAUGGACUCGCUCUCAAAUCAGAACAACAACAACAACAUACCACUUUCCCCGAAAGAGUCAAUUGACUCUCACAGCGCGGUCAUGCAACCAUUCAUUCCUGGGCAAUGCCUAUUCUGCCCCAAUCUCUCAGCAGACUUCCCUGCCAGUGUAGCCCACAUGCAAAAGUCACACGGCCUGUUUAUUCCACAUCAGCAAAAUCUGCUCGUCGACCUGGAAACUCUCUUCAAGUACCUGCACCUAGUCAUAUUCGAUUAUCGGGAAUGUCUACAUUGCGGGACAAAGAGGACAACGGUACAAGCUGUACAGCAACACAUGGUCGGCAAAGGUCACUGCAGGUUUGACCCAGCAAACCAAGACUCCGAAUUUGCCGACUUUUACGACUUCACUUUCUCCGAGACCGAAGGCAACGAAGGAGGUGACUAUGAGAGCGACAAAGACGAGUGCGAUGUGCAGAACGAGCCGGCAAGCCCAAGUCAGCCGUUACAGGUCGAUGAAGACUCUCUUCGGUUGCCAUCAGGCAAGAUCAUAUCCAAGCGGUCCUCGGACCAGACGGGGCCGUCUAUCAAUCACCUAAGGCGCCGAAUGCGGACCCCACCUUCACGACUAGAAUAUGUCCAGGUAGAAUCUGAAGAAGAGGAGUCCAGCGAGGGCCCGCUGCAUCCUGGUCGGACACAAGCACUGUCUAAGAGAGAAAAGCGAGAGAAGGCGGUGAUCGCGCAUCAGCUAGCAAACAUGAGGGCGAAUGAUCGAAGUGCACUGAUGCACUUAUCUGCAUCGGAGCAGCGAUCGCUGCUGGCGGUGCAGUACAGGAAUGAGGAAAAGGUGCAGAAGGAGGAACGGCGCCGGCAGGGUAAGAUUGAUCGGAAGGGGAACAAGAACUUGUACGCGUACUGGAACACAGAAACGCCUGUUUACCAAAUCGGAAGUGAUUUGGCAAGCAUUCUGAUAGUCGCUGGAGAUGGUCCCUGGGAGCCAGAAUUAAUGAACUCUGCUCGUGGUGGGCUUAACGAUGUCGAUGUAGGUUCGGAAAUCACGCUUUUGAAUCGAGAUCUACGUCAUGCAACAGAUUGGCCGAUUCCUGGAUCUCCCACAAAAGAGGGCAAGAGAGGAAUUCUUGUUCAUCUGGCAUCUAUGCAAUCGACUACCCUAGUAGUUGCCAUUGAGCGGGUUCUGUGGCCUUCUCAGCCAGAUUGGAACGGCCCAACUUGGAAUUCUGGGAAGAAAUACGGCUUGGCGGCUAUACCAUGA